UACCGUUCGGCAGUUGCAACAGCAGCACUAGCAUCUCUCUCCGUUACUUCAAAGCUAAAAGCCCACCAAUACAGCAGCAGCACAUAAAUGGUCUCAAAAAACCAGAACCCGCCAGAGGGUUUCUACUUGGAUUCCGCAGGGAUUGCGCUACCCGGACUUGGACCCUUCUCUACGUCCUCUAAUGCAGCUUCCACAACCUCCCCGUCGGAGGAUCCGAGCAAGAAGAUCCGAAAGCCCUACACCAUCACCAAGUCCAGGGAGAGCUGGACCGAACCAGAGCACGACAAGUUCCUUGAAGCCCUUCAGCUCUUUGACCGGGACUGGAAAAAGAUUGAAGCGUUUGUUGGCUCGAAGACAGUUAUCCAGAUACGUAGUCAUGCACAAAAGUAUUUUUUAAAGGCGCAGAAGAAUGGAACAGGUGAACAUCUACCUCCACCUCGUCCUAAAAGAAAAGCUGCUCAUCCAUAUCCACAGAAGGCUUCAAAAAUUGCUCCAGUGCUUCCCCAAGUGUCUGGGUCCAUUCAAUCAUCAUCUGCUUUACUUGAACCUGGACAUAUUCUUAGGCCUGAUUCCUCAUCAAUGCCGCUCAACCCGAUAAAUAGUGCUUCUGCAUCUUCUUGGACUAACAAUGUGCAGAUAGUUUGUUUAUCACAUGCGACAAAAGGGCCUGUGGUUACUAAUAACAGUUGCAGUAGCCCUGAGAGUACUCCCAGAACACGAGCAAUAGUUGAAACUACUGAGCAAAAGAAUCAUGCCAACCCCAUGAGAGUUCUGCCCGACUUUGUUCAAGUAUACAGUUUCAUUGGCAGUGUCUUUGAUCCAAAUACCACUGGCCAUUUGCAGAAACUUAAAAAGAUGGAUCCGAUUGAUGUUGAAACAGUGCUACUCCUGAUGAGAAAUCUCUCAAUCAAUUUGACUAGCCCUGAUUUUGAGGAUCAUAAAAGGUUGCUGUUGUCCUAUGAGAUUGAAGCAGAGACGCCAGGUCAUGUUGGUGCAAACAAUACCCUUGCAAAUAACCAAGCCAAAACUGUUGCUUAGUUUGGUGGCAGGUUGAAGUGCACUGUUCAAUGACUCCAAUCUCAUAACAUGCCAGGUCAAGAGGUUGCAAUUUGAUAAGCCUUGGUUCCGGUGCCAUUAAAUCUGUUAGCUAUUCACCAUGGUGAGUUUUGUUUGUAUGCCCACGGUGAAGCCGUCAGCUGCGUAGUGUCGCUCCUUUUCACCAUUUGUUGGUUGUGUAUAUAUCAGCUGUGUAGUUCUCCUGUAUAGUGCCUGCUUAAUAUCUAUCCAGUUUUGAGUGUUUAUUGGUUUAGCUGUAGGUUAGGUGAUCUAUUUUUUUUUUCCCAUAAAAGGUUAUGUGAGAGAUAUAGUUUGUAGUGGUGUAUGCCAGCGAAAAAUCAUGUCUGCUAACUUGUAGGUCAAUGCCCAAGAGACGUUCGGGCAUGCUGUAUUUUGUGUGUUCUGUCACUAGGAUGUGUAGGCUAUAUUACUGCAAGAAAUGGUAAACGUUAGUUUAGAUUCAACUUAAA